AUGGCGCGCUCCGACGAAGCCGCCGCCUUCUUCCACGCCGUCUACAGCGCGGUGCAAGAGAUUCCCCGCGGCAAAGUGACUUCGUACGCGCACAUUGCCACGCUCGUAGGAACGCGGGGGGUGGCAGCACAACGGCCCAGACAGGUGGGCAUGUGCAUGAAGCACCUGUCGAGCGAUGCGUCGCACCGCUUCAACAACGCCAACGUCCCGUGGCAGCGGGUCAUCAAUUCCAAGGGCGUCAUAUCGCCGCGGUCCCAGCCGGACGGUGCGCAGAACCAGGCCGCGGCGCUGAGGGACGAGGGCGUGCACGUCACGCGCGGCGCCAUGGGGGAAUUCAUGGUUGACUUUGGCGAGUACGGCUGGUUUCCGCGCGUCUUGCCGUCUGAGGCUGUUGGUGACGAGGCCUGGGAGAGCAGCACUGGCGAGGAAGAAGAGGGCGAGUAG